UUUGUGCGGUCCGGUUUGCCAUCCUGCUCCAAGCUCCAAACCUACAAACAAGAUGCAAUAUGAGCUCUAACGCAAGCAGUCAACAGCAGCAACUCGUAAAUAAGCUCGAAGAUUUUGAUUUCCCGUACUGUGACGAUGUCGCCAAAUACGACAAAAUCGCAAAGAUCGGGCAAGGAACCUUCGGGGAAGUGUUCAAGGCGGGACACAAGCAAACGAAGAAAUUGGUGGCACUCAAAAAAGUCCUCAUGGAAAACGAGAAGGAGGGGUUCCCCAUCACUGCUUUGCGAGAGAUCAAGAUCCUCCAGCUGCUCAAGCACGAGAACGUGGUGAACCUGAUCGAGAUCUGUCGCACGAAAGCCACACCCUUCAACCGGUGCAAGGCGACAUUCUACCUGGUGUUUGACUUCUGCGAGCACGACCUGGCGGGGCUGCUGAGCAACAUCAACGUCAAGUUCUCCCUGGGCGAGAUCAAGAAGGUGAUGCAGCAGCUGCUCAAUGGCCUCUACUUCAUCCACAGCAACAAGAUCCUCCACAGGGACAUGAAGGCGGCCAACAUCCUGAUCACCAAGAACGGGGUGCUGAAGCUGGCGGACUUUGGGCUGGCGCGGGCCUUCAGCCUGAGCAAGACGGGGCAGCCUAACCGGUACACCAACCGGGUGGUGACCCUCUGGUACCGGCCCCCUGAGCUGCUGCUGGGCGAACGCAACUACGGGCCCCCCGUGGACAUGUGGGGCGCAGGCUGCAUCAUGGCCGAGAUGUGGACGCGCUCGCCCAUCAUGCAGGGCAACACAGAGCAGCACCAGAUCAGCCUGAUCAGCCAGCUGUGCGGGUCCCUGACCCCCGAGGCCUGGCCCGGCGUGGAGAAGCUGGAGCUGUACUGCAAGCUCACCCUGCCCAAGGGCCAGAAGCGAAAGGUCAAAGAGAGACUCAAGGCCUAUGUGAAGGACCCAUACGCCCUUGACCUGCUGGACCGGCUGCUGCACCUGGACCCGACCAAACGGUACGACAGUGACAACGCCCUCAACCACGACUUCUUUUGGACGGACCCCAUGCCGUGUGACCUGGCCAAGAUGCUCUCCCAGCACACCCAGUCCAUGUUUGAGUACCUGGCACCGCCCCGGAGGAGGGUCAUGCAGCAGCAGCCACACCCGGGGGCACCGCAGGGCCCCCACCAUGCCAAGACCUCCAGCACCGACGGGCAGUACCACGACCGCGUCUUUUGACUCCGCUUCGUCAGUUCCGGGAUGGAUCAAGUCAACUCCGGGAAGGAUUGUGUCGACUCCAGGAAGGAUCGUGCAGUGUGACGGCUGUGCUCGAGCCGAGGCGAAGUCUUCCGUCGGCGUGUUUGCAACGGUGUGCUCAAGCGGAACUGGAGUGCCUCGUCGUGUAGCGGUGACUCGGUUCUCAUUUCUAAGCGAAUGUUCGACCUGGAAUUGCAAGAUUGGACUUCUGCUAGUGUUUGUGGGGGUCCAGACACGACUGUUUGCCCUGCUCCAGUUCAGCUGCUUAUUGCUGCGUUAGGAAAAGUAUGUGACCUUGAAUGCUAAGUAGGAAUCUUUGGAUUUAUAUGGGGGUGAGGGGGUGAGGGUGUGAAUAGUUCACUAUAGCUAGUAUAAAAACAAUGAGGACAAUGUUAUACGAGUUGGGCCACAGCUCUUCCGAGACUUUGUAUGUACGCAGACGUACUGCACUAUAGCUAGUAUAAAACAAUGUGGACAAUGUUAUACGAGUUGGGCCACAGCUCAUCCGAGACUUCGUAUGAGUGCGGACAUAGCUGUUCAACGUAUGCUGCAAACCACCAAUCUCACUCUUCUACAACAGUGACGUUGAGACAUGUUCAAAGUCUGAACCUAACGGGGAAGUGUUUCGGCCAAGAGGACGAGAUUGAACGAGUGGCUAGUGCUAAAGACAGCUUAACUUUUUUUUUUUUUUUUUUUGUAAGAGCGUGUUUGUGGUGUAUUCAAGAGUGGGUGGCCUGAGUGCUGUGUAAGAAUGAUUUAAAUGGUGUAGAGCGUAGCUCAUCUUAGGUGACAUGUGCUUCACCUGAUCUAGCUUGGGAGAUGCCACUGCUUUGUUUCCGUUUUGUUGUUGAAUACGAAAUGACUCAUGCAGUUGAGACAUUUGCUUCAGUGCCUUGCCCCCCCCCCCCCCCCCCCCCUUUUUUUUAAAGAUAAAUUCUGUGGUGUGUACAAAAGCACUCAUAUUUGCUGUUUCAUUUUAUGUUCCUUUUUGUGUGUCUGAGUGCGAUUAUCAGUUCUUAUAAAGUCAGAUUUGUCCAUUAAUGUUAACAAAGUAAACAAUUUGUCUCCACAUGCAGUUAAAAGCUGAUGUUUGUGCUAAAUAAAUGUGCAGAUAACUUAGUUUGGUCUUUGUAAGGCUCUCGAGCAAGCCUUACUGCCUUUGAUUAUCCUUUGUCCCAAACAAUCUUUGCCGUUUUUGGCAAAACAAAACAGAAAAAGAAAGAUUUUCACAAACUUCUUUUCAAAACUCAGCAGUUGUGAGAAAGGUUUUUUUACUAAUAAAAUAUGAAACUAGGAUGUUGUACAAGAUCAUAGAGAGAGAUUGCAGUGUCCCCUAGUCUCCCAAGUCGGCCAUCUUUGUCACACUAACUGCAGUCUGUUCCAACAUAAGAUUCGCAGGAAAAGCUCUACCUCUGGCAAAUGCAUGUUGCCUUCAGUUGUGCUCUGUUAUCGAAGGUUGAAAGCUUGCGUUGGAUGCGGAUAUUCUGCUGCAGGCCUCAUAUUGCAACGGACUAUUGGGGAGGAGAUCAGACCGUGGCGCCCCGAGCGGUUAACUUUAGAGCUACUUAGAUCGGGACAACAAAUACAGUGACUCGGCGCUCGGCUGACAUAACCGAACGCGGCGUCAGUGUUUGGCUGGAGUUCGCAUUCUCAGGUGAGGGGAAGGAGGGGCUCUUUUGUUACCACUCCAGCCUGCAUGAACAAUGCAGCAUGCACGGUGCCCAGCUCAGCACAAAAGCCGAAGUGGGUCAAGCUCGCAUUCUCUGACGACUGCUUUCGGGACAGGUCCGGCACUUUACGUCACUUUGUUUAGUGUUAGUAUUUUUACAUUACACUGUGUAAUAUGAACAUGCUCACUAGGCCUUUGGGUAUGUACACAGGCCUUGUUUUGGGUAAACACAGGUGUUGGGACAACAAACGGGUCAGAGCGCCCCCUCUAGUUUGAUCUGCUCGCCAGUAGUGUUUGCACACUUUGGAAACGCUGACUAAUCUUGUGUCCCUUGAGUGAGAGACGGUGAGGCAGCUGGCCAUGUGUAACCAGUCGAGUUUGCCCGUGUCACGCACCUUGCAAUCUGGAAUUUGUAUUUGUGAUUGCACAGUGUAGGCACCAAGUAUUUGGAUGCACUGAUUUUGCUGCUGCUCUGUGCAGAUGGGAGCCUGUAUGUAUUUCUUUUUUUCUAUUCAAACCAACAAUUGUACAUACGCAUCACCUCCUCUCGUUAAAGCGUGUCUAGGAUUUUUUUAAAUAUAUAUAUGAGAGAGUUCUUGUACUCAUUAAGGGUUACUGUCGGGACCGGCCAUAACAAAGUCGGUUAUAACGAAAUAGCGGCUACAGCGAAGCGAUCAUGAUUUCCCAUUCCCUUUUGCACUUCUUUUAUCGAAGUCGGUUAUAACGAAAUAGCGAAGCAGCUACAGCGAAGUGAUCAUGAUUUCCCAUUCCCUUUUGCACUUCUUUAAUCGAAGUCGGUUAUAACGAAAUAGCGAAGCGAUUUCCGAUUCCCAUUGACUUCAUUAUAACUGGUCUUGACAGUAUUCCUAGUUUGUUUGAUGUUUUUGUGUUGGUGCAACAUCUGUUCGCAUAGGCGGAUUUAUAUUUUUAUAAGAUAAAACAAUUUAUGAUAUGUAAUGACUAUGCUGCUUCUCUUCGAGCUUUCAAAAAACAUGUGAAACAUGAUGAAAAAAAAAUUUUUUUCCCAAGUUUUGAGAUUUUUGAGACAAAUAAAAGAAAGCUAUGUUCUAAAUUC